GAGCUGCAGGGAGAGUGGCGUAGAAGGGGCAGGGCCAAUGAAAUAUGCGUUCGGCGCGAAGAGUGGCGAUUGGUUGGAAAGGAGCAGCACCGCUUGGAAUAACCAAUUGGCAAUAACCGAACGGCUAGAGCGCGCGAGGAGAAAUUUUGCCAGUGAAUCGGGAAGAGGUGAGCGAACGACAAGCGUGAUCCGGUGUCCUAACUCGACAAGCUCCCAAGGAUUCGGUUUAUGUAUGUUCAUCAUGCCCGGUACCAGGUCACAGUCCCAGAGCCAGAAGACUAUAGACUUUCCAAAGCGAAAAUCAGUUAGGACACUUCAGAAAUCAUUGGAGAAAAAGAAGGGUUCCCAUCUAGAUUCAGCAACAGUACCAGUCUCUUUGUCAUAUUCGCCAAAACAGGUCUUGCCUCUCAGUCCCCACAAACGCAUAGGUGAUGACAAUCUCUGCAAUGUUGCUCACUUGUUACCUUGUACCCCAACUAAGCAGAGUAAAAAAGAAAACACCUUUCCAGCAACUUCCCCCAGGGUCCAGACUUUACUCUUUAGUGAACAUUCAGUCUCCAGGACUCCCACCAAGUGCAGCAGUUUGGUUCAGUCUCCAAUACAAAGGAGCCAAGAAACACCUACUACUAUGCAGUGUUACUCUCUUAAAAAACAGCGAGUACGAACUCAACUGUUUAAGCCAGAAGGCACCUGUUAUCAACAGGCAAAGAGCCUCCUUCAUACAGCUGUUCCAGACCAAUUGCUUACAAGGGAAAAAGAAACAGGUGUCCUGCAACGAUUCCUCCUGGAACAUGUCUGCAGGAAGAAGCCUGGAAGCCUUUAUAUAUCUGGAGCCCCUGGCACUGGGAAAACUGCUUGCCUCAACAGAGCCUUGCUGGAUUUGAAGACAGAACUCAUUGGGAUUCAGAUCACAGUCUUAAAUUGCAUGGCCUUAAGGAGCUCCCAAGCUGUCUUCCCAGCAAUUGCUGAACAGUUGGGCCUGGCUGGAGCUGCCAAAGCAGCCAAAGGUGAUGUCAUCAGAAAGCUGGAGAAACGGUUGACAUCAGAAAGUGCAUCGAUGGCUUUGGUUGUAUUAGAUGAGAUGGAUCAGUUGGAUAGCAAGGGACAAGAUGUUCUCUAUACAAUAUUUGAGUGGCCUUCCCUUCCCAACUCUCGGCUCAUUCUCAUUGGAAUAGCUAAUGCUUUGGAUCUCACUGAUCGCAUCCUACCUCGCCUGCAGACCCGACCUAUGUGCAGGCCACAGCUGCUAAACUUUCCCCCAUACAGCAAAGAUCAGCUGGCUUCUAUUCUCCAGGAACGCUUGAAGAAGGUGUCAGGGGAGGAGGUGUUGGACAACGCUGCUAUCCAGUUCUGUGCUAGAAAAGUCUCUGCCUUCUCUGGGGAUGCUCGCAAAGCACUGGACAUCUGCAGGAGGGCCGUUGAAAUUGUGGAGUCAGAUGUGAAGACCCAAGCUAUACUUAAACAAACGCCUGCCUCUGAUUCCAGUCCUGUGUCCUCAAUCAAAUCUCAUUCCAAACCAGCUGCAGACUCUGCAGUGCCCAAACAAGUGGGCCUGCGUCAUGUCUCCCAAGUGAUCUCUGAUGUAUAUGGUGAUCGGAUGGCAACUGGUAACAGUUACGGUGAUGCUUCUUCCUUCCCACUACAACAAAAGAUUUUAGUCUGUUCUCUGUUGCUCUUAGCCAAGCAACAGAAUAUCAAAGAAGUUAACCUAGGAAAGCUGCAUGAAGCUUACAGCAGAAUUUGUCAGAAACAGAAAGUAGGACCUGUUGGCCAAUCGGAAUGCCUCUCACUCUCAGCUCUUUUGGAAUCAAGGGGCAUUGUAGGACUCAAAAAGGCUAAAGAAGCACGGCUGUCUAAGGUCUUUCUGAAAAUAGAAGAGAAGGAUGUGGAACAUGCUCUCAAAGAUGGAAUCUUGGUUGGAAGCAUUUUGGCUGGGGGACUUUAAAACUGUUGCUUUGCUCACUUGUACAACCCUUUGCCUCAUACAUCUUUUAGCUUUAGGAACAGACUUCAUCGAGACAUACAGAGAGGUGCAAUCUUCGGAAUAUUUGGACCAUUGGCUUUAUUAUUUUUAAACAAUGUCAGUGUUAAAAAAAAUUGCCCUAUUUUCAAGGAUUUUAAAACUUUUUACCCUUUGAUAAUGCAUCACUCUUUCUUCCCAUUUGGAGAUUUAUUCUUGAAUACCAGAAAUAUUUUCCCCUCUUUCCCAGCCGCAGUGCAAUCAACCUUUUCUCUGCUGUCCCUUCCAUCUACACAUAUGGAACUGCCAGUGUGAUAUUUGCUUCCUUGAUUAGCAGCAGAGAUGAAAAGGAAUGAAAGAUGUCAGUAAGAGAGUCCAUUUGCAGACACAGCCAUUAAUGUAGCAAUAGAAAAUAAUGCAGUAGCUUCAGUUCUUUUGAAGUUGGGCUGUUUCAAUGAAGUAAAUGUCAUCCAUACUGAGGCUUAGCCUCUUCAGAGCUGCAAAGGGGCUUAGCUAUACACACAGAAGCACACACAACCCUGAGGGCUCUUGAACAUCUUAACAUUUCUGAACUAUGGCUACAAUCUUAGCAGUAAAACUAGUUUUAGACCUGGAGCAAAGAAUCAAUUUUAUUUCUGGGCCAUUUCUUUUUGAAAAGCUGAAUUAAUUAAAUAGCUUAAUGAUCGUGUAUUAAUCUAAAUUUUUUACUAAGCACAGUGUGGAUUUCUGAAUUGGAAUCCAUUUGUUUGCAUGCAUAUAUGUGAAUGACCAGGAUUGGUUUGUUUUAACUGAAAAGCCAUUUAUUUUUACAUAUCAGUGCCUUUCUCCACUGAUUAACUUAGAAUUGUUCUGAUGUAUUGAAAUAUGUGUAACCAGAUGUUUUUAACAGUUGCAAUUAUUUGCUAUUGCUUUAAUUUAUAGAUUAAAAUAGUCAAUCUUGCAAUUUUGAAGUUUAGGAUAUAUGCUUAGUUCAAUCAUUUACAUUGUUUAGUUAUUUUCAUUAGAAUUGGAGUUGUGUUAUAGCUUUCUGGUUUGGUGGGGAUGUAUACAUAUCCCAUUAAUUGUGGGCUUGUCUAUGCUCAGUUUUAAAUAUACUUGGAAUUUGUAUAUCUAAUGCAUACUAGCUUGUUCCAAAUUAUGCAUACGUUAGCAUCUAUCACUAUUCUCUUGGACUUUGGAAGAGUACCUACUACAUUGGAACAUGCAAUUCUGUAACUAAUAUGUGGUUAAAUUUAAGCCAAAAUUGUAGUAUUAUUAAAGAGCUGGGGGCUUUCAGUUUAAUUUGUGUUCUCCCCUAAAUUUUUAUACUCCCUAAUUUUCAUAAAGCUGCUCAAGUGGCCACAGCAAGAGAUAUAUUACAUGCAUUUUUUGAUAUUUAUAUUUUAUAGCCUCCUUGUUCAGUUAUGUUAGAAUGGGAUGACUUGAUCCAUCUGCAUCCCUGAUGGCUGACUCCUGUAAACCACAAUGGCAUCACAUGUUAAAAAUCCAUCACAGUGUUAAGAGAAACCAGCUUAGCCCCAUAAAACAAAGGGAGAUUUUGUGGUUGUCUCUCCUGGUCACUAACUGUGAGUGGUUAACCAUUGCAAUAUAUCCAAUAGAAAAAUGCUGAAGCCUAACAUAAAAUAAAAGGUUAACUUAUAAGAUUCUCAAGUUCUAAUUGACAAACUAUUGUCUAUAGGAUUUGGAGAACCAAGAUUAAUCUUUGGACUUCUAAGGCUAUCAAAGCACACUGCGUAUAUAAGCCAGCUUUCAAAGAGUUAAUGGCCUAGAGCAGCCACAGCUAAUAGAAAGCAGACUUUAGAAAGAAUUGGGAGCAGAUGGGCAGCUGGAUUUUAAAUCAUAUUUUUCUUCCUGUUAGGACCUUGAAAGUGAUACAGUACUCAUUACAGCAUAUGUGCCUAUUUUCUUCAUUCAUUGCAUGCAUGCACAUGUUAGUCUAUACCUAAAAAAAAUACUUCCUACCUCCUUCCAGUAGGUGUUCCAGUCUUAUACACUGGUAGCAUUAUUUUGUGCAUUGCAAAGGUUAUUUAUCCAUUUGUGCAUUUGUUUGGAGACAGCAGUUCUUAAAUCAUCCUUCUCAUUUGGUCUGAUUUUUAAUAUAAGAAUCAGCUCUCAAGUUGAUGGGUGUUUUAAUUUGAGUUGUUGGGAGCUCUGCAACAUGAUUGCAUUUAAAAAUGAAAAGCUCAAAGCGAUUGGGAAUUUGGUAACUGCUGAGAAAGAAAAAGACAAAUGGACUUUGCUACUGAGGUGGCUGUUUCUGAUGUUUUAAAACAAAAGCUUUUUUGCUGAAAGAAACACAUUCUGCUAAAGCAGGGGUUCCCAGCCAGAGGUGCGAGAUGAUAUUCCAGGAGGUGCGAAAACGUGGGUUUUCAAAAUUAUAGUGUAUAUGCAUAAUUUGUUGCCAUUAUUUCAAACUUUUGUAAGGGGUGCGAGAAUAUAUCAGAAGUGUUCUAGGGGUGCAGGGUAUAGAAAAUGUUGGGAACCACUGUGCUAAAGAGUCGAUCUGAACUAGUGGUUAAGGCUUUGGCAGGUUGAGAGACUUGCUCCAAAAAUUAGUAGAAUAGUGGUUUUGGAGAGCCUUGAUAUCUUGCAAGGCUUAAAAAACCAUUUUUUAUUAAUACCCAACUCAAAAACACAGCCCUACCCUCCAAAUAUUGUAUCCUGCAUUGCAUUUGCUCUGACGGUCAUAAAGGGAAUAUGAGAUCCUAUGUGGUCCUGAGCUGCAUAUUUGCUUUCUUCGAUUUGUUGUAAGCCUCUGUCUUUUAAUUUGAGGUUAGCUGUCUCAAAACAGUGUACUGUAGAAUACAGGCUUCUGAGUUUGCUGACAUGUCAUCAGCAAAGGUGGUAAAUAAAGGGAAGCAAAAAUGGAGCGGGGGAAUCUGUUCAACUCAUAUCUGAGUUUAGUUUCAGUCUGCUGGAAUUUGGAAGGGGCCUUCUAGGCCCUACGGGGUACAGAGGGUUAUUAAGGUUACACACUGAUUCCCGAACGUUACUGAAAUUAAGGAAUAAACAAAACAACGGAUGAGUCCCCAUUUCUUAAAUAAGAAGUCUCACAAUUAUUUUUACCUUUAAGAAAAAUACCCAUUGGCUCUUCUUGGUUAAACUUCAUUGUUCCUUAAUCUGUAUCGGUCUUCAAAUUCACUGUGAGAUCUGUACAACAGGCUAGAUUUGGGUGCAAGACUUUCACAUUUUCUCUUGGAAACUUUCCUGCUGUUGGAUCCCUUGUGAGAUGCAGAAGAUUCUUUACCUAUCAGAGAAACAUAUUUCCUGAAAUACCAGUGGAAAAUACUUUCUUGCCAGAGCCACUAAUCUUUUCAGGAACAUAUGGUUCAAACAUUGAGCUAAACCAUUCCCAUGGUGAUUUGGUAAGUAUGGAAGAUGUUGGUAAAUUAUUGUAACAAUAAUUCUUAACACUGCUUGCAUAAUGAGCAGCAAAAUAUUGGGAUGGAACAAUGAUGUUUUAAUUACAUGGUUAGCUAAACCUGCUGAAAUUCUUUGACAAAAUGGUAUAUGUUAUAAAGGUAUAUUCCAUUAAUUGUAUAGUAUGAUUUACAAAUAAAAUUUUAUACAAGUAUUUUCCAAA